UAGAAUGAUCGCUUACUUACUUGCUGUCAUUUUCGUGGGCGUCUCGAAUGCGCACUCAGUUAGGCCCACAGAAUCAAUACCUACCGACCGUAUCGUCGGAGGAAGAAGUGCCUUCAUUCAAAAUUAUCCAUAUCAAGUAUCACUACAAUACUCUGGUAAUCACAUCUGUGGUGGCAGUAUAAUAUCGGAAAGCUAUGUAGUAACAGCAGGACAUUGCAUUGUAGCUUCAGCCGACCGACUAAGUGUUCGCGCAGGUACGAGUUUUUUUGAAAGAGGUGGUACAGUACACAGUGUUGUAAAGGUAAAGCGUCACGAGAACUAUCAGACAAAUCGUUAUGGUGUCCCAUCAAACGACGUCGCCGUACUGAAAAUUGCCAAUCCAUUUACCAUCGAUGCUACUCAUCGACCGAUCGAAUUAUUUGAAGCUAAUAAGCAACUUUCACCUGGAACGAAUGUUGUUAUUACAGGAUGGGGUAGAACUAGAAAUUUCGGUAGUCCGGCGAAUCAACUACAAACUGUUACUAUACCAAUCAUUGAAAGAAAUACUUGCGACAGAGCUUAUAGAUCAUUCGGUGGACUACCAAGUGGUCAAAUAUGUGCUGGUGUUUAUGACAAAGGUGGUAAGGAUGCCUGUCAAGGUGACUCUGGUGGUCCUCUUGCUAUAGGUGGCCGACUUGCUGGAAUUGUGUCUUGGGGUAAUGACUGCGCGUUGGCAUUCUUUCCUGGUGUUUACACUGAAGUGGCAUUUUUUCGCGAUUGGAUAAAUAAAAAUGCCGAGUUGUCGUGAAACUUUCUAUUAUAUCAGUAAAUAUUAUUUACUUGUGUCAUCCCACGUUAAUUUAAUAUAAACAAACAAUUUAUGUUCAAUG